CACUUGUCGACUCACUCACUCACUCGCUUGCCUGCUCGCACACCAUCAUUCUCACUUGUUCGCUCUCACACUCAGUCACGCUCUCUUCAAAGCGCUCUCUUGCUGCUGACCAAUAACUCGGUCGUUCGCCAGUCUACGCAGAGCCGUCUUAUGAAGCGGGCGCUCAGCAUUUGUUAAGAAACGAGUAUAUUCGUUUAUUCUCACAUUUCUUUCCUUCAAAUUCGCACAUCUAUUAGCUUCAAUAAAUAAUGGUCGAGUAUCCAAACAAUUUAAAGCUGAGUGGCCUUGGUGUUGCCGGUGUUAACGUAGCUUAUUCAAUUGUCUUCUUGGGAGUCGCCCUUCAAAAUAUAUUGAGCUACACAACCAACUUUCUGGAUUGGUUCUUGUUUGGAGUGUAUGUAAUAAACAUUUCUGUAAACACUACAUAUAUUGGACGCUUUCUCAAGGGGGAUCACUUUGCCGUAGUAUUGUGGUUCUCUUGUACAUUUAUUGUGUAUUUCUUGCGAUUUUUCCUCACUGACUAUUUUAAAUGGAGUAAGGGGCUCAAGAUAUUAAACGUACUUGUAAAUAUCUACAUACUCGUCUCCUUCAUUAUUAUGGCCAUAGUUUACCUAAAACUAACCGAUCCAGCUGCAAACAUAACGAAAGAAAGAAAUACGAAUUGGAAAACCCUAUUAAGAAGUGAAAUAAAUACCAAAUCUGUUUGUGCGAAAACUCCUGAAAUAAGCAAUUUUGUUGCUCCCCAAAAAUCUGAUUUGAAUGAUUGCAGUUCCUCAAAUGCUUAUGAAGCCAAAAAUUCUGAUAUGAAUGCCAGUACUUUAAAUUGUAAUAUUGUAUAUUAUAUGCCCAGCGUGGCAGAAUUUGUGUUCAUUGAUUCAGAUAAUGUUCAGCUGAGCAACACUGAUAAGAAACUUUGUGAUAAUACAAGCUGUCACGAUGAUAAUAAAAUUGGAAAGGACAGGAACAACUACCUCGAUGAUAAGAAUUAGUGAGGUGAAACCGAUGAUAGCAGAGGGAACAGCAGUGAUUCGACAUAGAAUUGAAUAUAUGUAUAUAAUAUAUUUUAUCAAUACUCAAGUACUACCCUAAUCUCAUGUGCAAUUAUUUUGCAAUUAAGUUACUCGAAUAAUAUAAGAGUCGACUUGCAUAUACCCUAUAAAACAAAGUCUACCUCAUAAUACAGCCAUAAAUGCUAUUGUAAAC